AUGGAAAUACCAUCAUCUUGUAACACUACUAGCUUUGAGUCCCUCAAGCUGAGCUCUUCGACACAGAAUACGGCGAUAUGGGGUACCGCUAGUACUGGUACCUGCAGCAUUGUAUUUGGUCUGACGCCAGACGGUUACAAAACCCUACGCUCAAAAGAAAUCGCCGGUGAUGUGCACUCUAUCGCUUGGAGCCCUAGCGGUCGCAAUCUGCACGCGCUCGAUUCACACAGUUCCCAGCAGCUUUCGACAUCCAUUUCUAACUUUCGCAUAUCCGAGGACCCAAGUUUGCAGGACGUGGUUGGUGUUGACAUUCUUGGUAAUGUCACGAACGCUUCGCAGAUUGUCGCGCACCCCACAGAGACCUUGAUGUAUAUCGCUACCAAGGACGCAAAUGUGCUAGUCGUCUUAUCGUUGGCAGGUGACACUCUUGUGAACAACUCUACUGUUGUCCUACGAUACAGGUUGCUACCGUCUUCUCUGGAUCCGACAGAGUUUCAUACCACAUCCCUGGCCAUUUCCGCCUCCAAAGCCACUCUGUGGACACUUUCACAGUCAUCUCGCCAAGCGGUCAUCACAUCUUUUACUCUCAACGUCACAACAGGCGAGGUAAUAGAUGUCGCUGCGCAAGCUAGCUGGCAGGGAUUUGGCGAAGGUCAGCUUACGGCAGCACCGUUCGUUGGUGGGGAUGUGGUCGCUAUCGCAAACUCUCCAACUGGGUAUAUCACGGUACUUGGUCUCGACCGAGCCGUAUUCGAUACCGCCGAUGUCGUCCAGGAUUCUGCUACCCACAAUUACUUACGUCCAAUGAUUGUUGAGAACAAAAGAAACAAAAGCCUGCACAUGGCUGCAUCAAAAAUCAAAAGCUACGGCCGUGCUCUCAUUGAUGAUUACAUCAGCUUGGGUGAGAGUAUCUGGAUCGACUAA